GAGAGCGGGCAGAGAUCGCCCGAACACGCUCGUCGAGAGAGAGCACAACCCACGUUCCGCUGACCCAGUUGUGUGGGUGGACGUCGUACCGACCGGUCACCCGGAGUCUGGCACAUACACACGGAGCGCGCAACCGAAAGUAGGUUAGUACAGGCUCUUUGGAAGGGGCUCUCCGUGGCACACAGCGGUCUGAGCGCGCCGUUCUCUUUCCUCCUGCUGCGGUGUGUCAGUGUGUUCCGAUACCUCGUCGUGUCGACAUCGUACCGAGACAACCAGGUAUGUUACGCGUCUUGCGAUGAGCCCUUCGCCAGCCCUACCGCUGGAAGUGGAACGUUACAUCGGCGCCUGUUUGAUCACCAACCAGAACCGUCAGAAGGCCAAGCAGCAGGGCGUCGAGCCCUUCUACCAACAGCAGCAACAGAGGCUGUACCCUAACAGACAGGCCGAGGAGGCCGGUUACCGGACGCAGAGAUGCGGGAGUUUGGACGGCUGGGCCGGAGGCGUGCCGCUGAUAUCGUUCGUGAACCGAAACAGGCAGAACCAGGCUAGGUCUCAGCCCUACGAAGACCUAAGUCUGGCUCGUCUGGCAGUCCACACCCAAGGAGCACCUCUGAUCCUGGCCAAAACGUACAACCACCGGAAGAACCGGCAGCAACGGAAUCAAGGGCAGUACCGCUGCCCUUCUGGCAAACCUACGAAGUGCGAUGGUCCUAACUCCACCGCCGAUACCGUCAGCGUGACCAGCGAUGAAAGCUACGGCUCCACCGGCUCCGAACAGUGCCUUCCCCGCAUCAUAAAACCCCGCAAACGUCGCAAGAAAGACAGGAAGAACCCACCAGUCUUCCACGCCGACGUCUCCAGCCCGGAGUCCACCACCAGCCCCUUCGACUUCCUGGACGCCGAAACACCAAGGUUGCACCAUAGCUUCGACGAAGUGGAAGACCUGGACGAAGACUCCAAGAGCACCACCAGGUGCCAAUGCAGGUACUGCGACCCAGGCAUGAUAUGGGACGCCGACAAGACGUCGUACUCGUCGUUCCUGACGCCGCCUGAAAGAACCGACGCCUUCGUCUACCCCGACUUGUCAGCGUUAACCCUAGAGGACGACGGCGUCAAGGGUCGUAGAGCCUCAGCGUCCGACCUGGAGGUGUCCACGCAGAUCGUGACCUCGCUGAACGGACUGAGGGACCUGGAGAUCAAGUUCUUCUCGACCGCCAACGACAAAGUGUACCACCAGAAGGGCGUCGACGUCGAGACGUGUUGAGUGUUGUGCGCGUCUCUGGGAUUACGUAUCUAAAAUGUAUGUCUUAACUUAUUUAUUCAAACCUAAGGAAAAGAAGCUGUGAUCUCAAUUUACCCGUCAAGGGGUCACGGUGAUUGUAAAGUGCAAAUCACGAUCUUCCAAUAUGGGAGAGAUAGUACUUGAGGUAUUGCACCGUUCUCGGAUCUGAUUUAUACGUUCUGCGGUGCCUUUUGCCUGAAUUAUCAUCGGCCGGAGUCGUUUGAGGAAAUUCGGAUGACGGCUUACGGUUUCUUCUAGCGUGAGAAAGCGUGCUGCUCGACGCUUCUCUGGGGCUUGACCUUUGGGUUCGAUUGUUCGAAAUGAGGCUCUAAUUGAUUCGAUCGUUCAAUUUACGGCGGUUGGUUCCAGUUUGAUCGUCGUAGCCCCGGCCUCAGACUUGAUCUUGGACGUUUCUCGUUACGUUGAACUCGGUGUAGAAGAAAAAAACUUGAAUGAGAUUUUGGCAAUUAAUACCGAUGAAAAAAGUUUGUUCAAGGUCUGGGCCACACUUUUGAUCUAACGUAAUAAGAAUAAUUCGACCAUUGAAUUAAUUUAAUGGAUUCGUCGGUGGGAAUUUGAAUACGAGUAGAGUGGCGCGAUACUUGGCGCACAAUGAAGGGUUUCGUAGUAGAAACCGAAAUAAUACUCAUCUUAAGUAUCGAUUGCUGCUGUUUUCGAACAUGUAGUUUUUUCUAGGACUAAAUGGAAGACAAGUGAGUACUCUCCAAUCAUUUUUAGCAGUCGUAAAUUUUAAGUUUUAUCUUCUUUCGGAGGAAGUCUAGACGAGCAGAAUAAUUGUGUCUCGAAUUAAAUUUUAGAUGGUCUUCGUGGUUAAGAAACUCCAAAUGUGUCGAGUCAAGAUAUUAUUCAGCGUGGAAUUUUCGUGGAUGAAUAAUCUGUUAUAUAUUUUAAUGUAGGGGAAUUUGAACGAACGAAUAAUAAGUAUCGGCGGUAUUUUAAAACCAAUAAAUUAGUGAGAAUGCCAUUUCUGUUGUGGCUGUUAGUUUUCAGGUAGAGCUUGUUGUUUUCCCUGGGUUUACCGAUGAAUAUUCUAAUGUUCAACUCUUAUAUUUUUCUCUAAAAGAAUAGUGAUGUAGUCCAUUCCUUUAAAAAGUAUCUUCAUGUUCUUUUUUCUAAUAUCUUUGUUUAUUUUCGUUUAUUCAUCCAAAUGAUCUUUUUAUGCCUGUUACUAUUGUCACCUAGAAGCUGUCUAUUAUUUUAAAUUGCCUAUUAUUUUCAAAUUGGACAUACCCUGUCUUAUUGAUGUUCACAUCUUCAAUUCCUCAAAAUUACCGUCUUUUUAACUCCAAAAUUACAUCCAUGUCGAGGUGGAGCUAUUUAGCUUCGCUAUGUUUUUGAAUUUUUUUCCUAACUUUAUGAAAAGCCCAUUUUCCUUAUACAGGGAUGAUGUUAACUAAACGAAGACUGACAUAUUUAAAGUAAAAUUGUAGAGGUCAGUAUAUAGAUCAUUCAUCCACACUAUUAAGGAACAAGAAAGCAAUUUUAAUGAUUCAACAUUCAUUCCACUAAAGUCUUAUUUCGAUAUUAUUUAGCUUCCUUAAAAUUUUCUUUUAUUUUUCUAUU